UUAGACUAUGUGGAUAUUAAUCGAAUUCAUCAUACCUGUCAUAAAAGUCCUUAUUAUCUUUCCCAUGUUAUUCCAAAAAGAAGAAAAAAAAACUUAAUAGCAAUGGCUUGUCAUUCAAAUCUAACUUUAGGUAGGCUGUAUUGUUUAUAUGGAAAUCUAAUAAUCUGAGUUUGAUAUCGAUUAAGACGCCACAGACACAUUUGUGGCACGUUUACGGUGGAUAUUUUAAAAGCAGGAUUUUCGCUAUAUAUACAUUUGUCAUCGUUUAUUUAUAUUGUGUUUUCCUGCAAUAGGCCUUUACCGUCAAAUAGUAAUAUUUUCCACCUACACACUGGCUUAGCUAUUUCAUCAACUAAAUAUCAACUAUUACAGUAACAACCCUCAAAUGUUCACUGCAGGAUAGGCUACAGUAGUUUAAGAAACUUUGCUCUCUUGCUGUUUAAGCCUAUUGGCCUUGUUUUGUAAUAGGCCUAACAUCAUUUUGUGGUUUUGUCCAUUAUAUCUUUUUUAAAGGCACCGCUUGACUAUCCAGUGUCUUCACUUUAAGUUUAUUCUCUUUCCAUUCACUAGUGCAGUUCAUUUCUUUGUUGGGCAAGGAUUUCCCACACGCGGAUACACACAGUGCAUGCAGUGGUGGAGCGUUAUAGGCUGUAGACUGGAAGCUGUCAUUUGUCUGGUUUUAUGACUUCUGCGGCUUACACAGGCGUUAAAGACAUUCUUUCGCUGUAAAACUGCAAUAAACCCCCACUCUCCUUGCCCAAAGAAUUCGCACUGAACAAAGGGGCAACGCGCCAAAAAAAAAACCCUUGUCCCAAUAUAAGACUUUCCUUACCUCUUCGAAUAAAUGUGUCGAAUUUCGUGCACCAGCUCUAAUCGAAUUAUUGUCCAAAGUUGCUAUAGACUAUAGCCUAGCAGGCAACCUCAUGUGUUAUCAAAUGUAGCAUAGACCUGUCUUUUUUGAUGGAGAAGCCUCAAAAGAUUUUGGCAUAUCCUUACAUGCCUGUCUAUCCACAACAACGCAAUUUCAGGUAAAAUACAACUCCAUUUAUUACUCCUGUCGUGGAGGCCUAUCGUGACAUAAGUAACAGUGAUCCCAUUGCAUGGUGAACUAUUUCGUGUAAUUCCAGCUCUAAUGAUAAAUUAGGUGUGUGUGUGUGUGUGUGUGUCAAAGCGCACGCUCCUGUGUUCAGUUUUCCUGUCAGCCUCUAGGCUUCUGUGUUAGGACUUGUUUUAUGUCAAACUGAAUUAACUCAAUUCUUACUAUUUGGAUUUUAUAUCAUAAGAUUAGAUAACUGUGUUAUGGCCAUUCCUAUUAUCGAAUACAUCAACAUUCAGUCCAUUCAUGUAAGUCUAAAGCCUAUAGCAACGUUGCUAUUACAAACUAUCAAAUUAAAUGUCACCCAAACAUGUUUUCUAAACUCUAUUUGAACAAUUUGAUUAAACCCCUUUGUUUAUCAUAAAUCGUGCUUUUUAAUCCGUUUAAUAAGCUAUGUAUCUCACACCGAGGAAAAAUAUAUUAAUCGAUGAGGGCAAUAUUGUCAAGACUUUUUCUAACUGAAUAAUUCGAUCACUGUAUUGCAGUUGCGGACCCUAAUCUUAUUUUCUCGACCCGAGAGACUUGAAAACAUAACUCUCCGUCGUCUCUAAGGUCCGUCUUUAAAAAAAUAACAAGAGAAUGAACUCAAUUCCAAAUAAUUGAAACAGAGCAUGCUUGUCUAGCGUUAGCAUCUAUUUCUCUCAAUAAUUCAAUUCUACAUUUAGGCUAAUUGAUUAAUGUGAUUGUUUAUGGCCAAUCUGAUUCAAUUCAUCCACUGCAUGUUCUUUAUACAUUUAUGAGCAUUAGCGCUAUUAUUUUUGCUUCAGUAUAGUACAGGCUACUGUGCAACAAAGAACAUGUGUUGCGGAGGCAGAUUGGCAAGUAUGUGACUUUGUGCGUGCGCAUGCGCGCUCGCGCGUGUGUGUGUAUAAACGCUCCCUAUUUAUGUAGUCCGUCUUUCUGUAUGUGCGCACGCACAAGACAAUGUAUUAGCUUGGGAUUGCGUUUGUGUGUGUACAUGCGCGUAUGUGAGAGUAGUUUCAAGCGAGGAUUUUUUUAAAUGAAGUAACGUUUUUUUUCUCCCUUAGUCCUCUACUCCUUGCUUUUUAUUGGAGGAAAUCUGGUCAGCUGACAUUGUCAUCUUGUCCAUCCUAGAGUGAGGCUUUAGCAACAACAUUCGGCUUUGUACCUUGUGUCUUUAUUGGUGUCUAGAAAUACAUUAUAAAGAAAUCAUUCAGCGUGCCGGUAUUAAAAGAUAGACUGACAGAGAAAAAAAAGAGAGUGACUUAGUGUGAGAGAGGGAGAAUAGAGAGAGAGGUGAGAUUGUAAGGGAGGGAGGGAAAGAGAAAGAGGGAGCAAGGGAGAGAGGCAAGGUAUGAAUUCGUAUUUCGCAAACCCGUCGCUCUCAUGCCAUUUAGCUGGUGGUCAAGAGGUUUUACCUAACGUGGCCCUAAACUCAACUACCUAUGACGCUGUUCGACACUACUCAUCCUACGGAGCCGCUGUGGCCCAAAAUCGGAUAUAUUCCUCGCCUUUCUAUUCGCCCCAAGACAACGUAGUGUUCGGCUCGAGCAGGGGACCGUACGAGUAUGGAUCCAACGUGUUUUACCAAGAUAAGGACGUGCUGCCCAGCUGUAGGCAGAGCAGUUUGGGACAAGGUGCACAAACCUCACUCCCCCAGGAUUACCCGUCUGAUCCGUGCAGGAACGGCUCGCAGGAACAGAAGGGGAACAUUCAGAUCUUCCCGUGGAUGCAGCGGAUGAACUCUCAUAGCGGAGUUGGAUAUGGUUCUGACAGACGAAGAGGCCGACAAAUUUACUCCCGGUACCAAACUCUAGAACUCGAAAAGGAAUUCCAUUUCAACCGCUACUUGACGAGACGCAGACGUAUCGAAAUCGCCAACGCACUCUGUCUCACCGAACGUCAGAUAAAAAUCUGGUUCCAGAAUCGCCGGAUGAAAUGGAAAAAGGAAAGCAAUCUAACUACGACUCUCACCGAAAGUGGUUCGGCAGGGGUGAGUCAAGACACGAGUAAGGAGGACACAGAAGAGGCGACAGAAGAGAAGAAAGAAUGAACGAGAUCCUAACUUACUAUAUGCAUCAAUCCGCCGUUCUGUGAGGAUAACUUAACUACCUAUCAAGUAGCCUACCUAUCAACUAUUGUUUGGCACAAUAAAGAAACUAGUGUAUUAACAUAUGUGGCUGCGUUAAAUGGAAUGUGGACGCUACAUAUCUUCAGACAUCAAUGUUUGCCAUUUUAAUUUCUUUCUGUAUUGGAUAUGAACAUUUCACCGUGACCAAAUCAUUUAAUUCCUUACUUGACAUUCCCUUAUAUACCCAAACUGUGUGUAACGCGAAGACAUUCAUCAUUAUAUGUUCUUAAAUGCUGUUUGACAGCAAAGAAACACAGUGGUUCUCAGAUGUCUAUACACCUAUGAUGUUGGCAAUAUGUUUUACAAAAGUAAUUGUCAUAAGAUGUGAAGGAAGGUAUAAGCUUUACAUCCGCUUGAGUAACCCAUUUAUGUUUUUUUUCGUUUUGCUGUUUUGUUGUACGAAAAAAACUAUGCUGAAUAAUAACGACUCACACUACCUAAAUUGUUGAUAUGUUUGUAAAUAUAUGUAUAUCUAUAUUACACGCCUUAGUCCUGUGAGAGCAUUCGUCCGCCUCCCGAACCUUCUUUGUAUUAGCUAGCCUACUUUAUUUAUGUUUAGAUAUGUACCAGUAGGCUAGCCUACAUUGAGUAUGUGGUCAAAUCAUAACUGACCGAUGUGGCUUGAAUUGUAGCGUUAGUUGAAAAUCCGAAAUAAAACAAUAACAGUGAUGAAGGCUAUGAAAUUCACUUCAAGUCAUAUUUAAUAAAACUGUU